GCCGCCGCCAUCUUGUACUCGUACAUUGUGGGGGCCACCGCAUCGCUCCGUCUCUUUCUCUCGCCAUAUCAUCGUCGUAUAUACACGAUUCGCAUGCACUGAAUUCCCGAACGAGAGAGACUAGUCACUAGACUUUUCUCGAUACUAUAUACAUAUUACGACGAUUGGCUCUGCACACGCUCGCACCAACACAUAAGUAAGACUUAACGUCGUCGUCGUCGUCGUCUUACUUCGAGCUGCUGCUGCUCCGCGCGAAUUGUUACAUACAUAUAUACAUAACACCUAUCAAAUCUAGUUACGUGUAUAGUAUUUCUGUAUGCGUGCGGUUGUGCUGCUGCAGCUAAAACACACUUGUAAAACGCGUACAAAGUAGACCGAGAGAGCGAGAGAGAAUAGAUAUAGAUAAUUGCAAAAGUAUAAUAAUAUACAAGAGGCACACGUAGUCCAACGGGUCAACGGCAAAUGGUAUGGCCUUGUCGGCACUAACGACGUUGUACACGACGUCGUCGUCUUCGCCGCCGCCGCCACCGUAGCAUAGAUACACGAGCACGACUCACGCAGCUCUGAGUUCGCAGCGUCUUCCUCCUCCCGCGCACACCGACCUCAACAACGACAAUUUGUCAACAACAAUUAGCUCUCUAAGAUACUGCUACCAAUAAUACAGUCCGACACCUCGCGGGCGGGUGAAAUGAAGUUCUUGUAAAUGGCUACGAAGAGCGCUGACGACCACCGCGCGUAGGGUUAUCUCUUGCUAGCUAUAUAGCAUUGCAUCGAGUAUACGUGUAGUGUGGUGGGACACGUACCCUUAACCCUCGUCAUCAUUGUCGCGGUCAUCGUCAUAGCCGUCGCCGUAGUGCAUGUAUUAUAGUGCAGUGUCUGGAUUAUCUGACCUCAUGUUCAAAAACGCAUCUGUGUAUACGCGUAUGUGAUACAAUUCUCUGCGUGUCUAUAUACAUAGCUAUAUAUAGGCGCGUUCUGAUCUGCUGCUUGAGUGUUGGCUGGCUGGCCUUACACUACAGUGCUGUGCUGCUGCUGCUGCUGCUGCUGCUGCAGAGUGUGCAACUCUUUCUUAAAGAAAAACUAAUGAGAGCUCACGGCUCUGUCUCUGAGAGUAGUAUAGUGCUUAAAUAACCUAAAGUGCGUGGGCUGUAUUUUACGUGUAACGUAAAUAUAAACACGGAGAUCUGUGUGAGUUGUGUGUCCACGCGCCACUACACGAGUGCACGAUAUAAUUUGUAGCGGGGACGCGGCGCCCUUUUUUUUUCAUCAUCACGAACCUGCACCUCUCGGCACCCACGCUGAACGAGAGGCGAGUUACCUUGGCAUCGCCGGCGGCUUGUAAAAGCUGACCUAAGCGAGCCCCAUCAUGGACGCCGUCAAAGCUUUCAACAACGAGCUAUCAAGCCUUUACGAUGUCAAGCCACCGAUAUCGAAGGCUAAGAUGAACUCCCUUACCAGGGGAGCUAUCAAGGCCAUCAAAUUCUACAAACAUGUCGUUCAGAGUGUGGAGAAGUUCAUCCAAAAAUGCAAAGCAGAGUACAAAGUUCCCGGCUUAUACGUCAUCGACUCAAUAGUCAGACAAUCGAGACAUCAAUUUGGCCCUGACAAAGAUGUGUUUGCACCAAGAUUCGCCAAAAAUAUGCAACAAACUUUUUUAAAUUUGCUCAAGUGUCCACCAGAAGAUAAGAGUAAAGUCAUAAGAGUAUUGAAUCUUUGGCAAAAGAAUUCAGUUUUCCCACCUGAAGUUAUACAACCGCUUUUUGAUCUAGCUGAUCCUAACCAUCCUAUUCAUAAGGAACAGUCAAAUGGUAACAACUUAAGCACAAGUACGCCAUUAAAAUCUUUGCCAUCUACUGCCAAAAAUACACCAAAGGACCAAAAACUAUUUACCACAGCUAAGCCUAUAGAUCCAGCAUGGUUAGCUCAGACAAAAAUGGAGACGGCUAAUAUAGUCAAUGCCAACAAAUUAAUGCAUUUACAGCAAUUGCUAUUAAAAAAACAGGAGGCUGCAAGUAAUGAAGCAAGUCAAAGUUCUUCAGUUAAAUUUGACAAAAAAUUGCUUGACUUUGAUUACGGAGAAGAGGAAGAUGAUGAUAUUUCUACAUCACCAAAAUUAAGUCAAAAUGCUCUAGCUCAACACAAUGCCAUGACCUCUGCUACUAAUAAUUUAGAAAGUUUAGGACUCCUUCUCACCAAUCCUGAGGUUUUGAGACAAAUUCAAGCUUUGCAACAGACCAUGCAAAAUAGCACACAUUCAGCACAAAAUGAAAUGGAAGAAAAGAUGCGCAAAUUGCAGCAAAUGAAACAACAAGAAGAAGAAUUUGAUAAGCAUUUAGCACAAACAGUACCAACUCUUCCGUUUGCUUCGGAAUGUGAACUGAAACCAAGUGAUGCCCCAAAGACAGUAGCACCGCCACCUCCUCCGCCACCACCAGUUGUGCCAUUUCCUUUAAUGGGAUUGCCAAUGAUGCCACAAGAUAUGAGUCAACCUCCUCCAGGCUAUCCGUCAAACAUGCCAUUUGUUGCACAACCACCGCCACCUUUGAUGAGACCACCAAUAUCCCAAGCAAAUUUAACUUCCAACAAUCAGCCUGUACUUAUAACUCAGAGUCCUCGUAUUGAAGAGAACAAUAUGCCUAGACGUGAAAACAGUGUAGAAAUAGUUAAUGAACCGCCAAGAUCUUCGAGUCGCUCUCCUGAUCGUUACAGAUCUCGACGUUCUAGAUCAAGAUCUCCUAGACACCGACGGAAAUCGAGAAGUCGGACCAGGUCGAGAACCAGAUCCAGUUCUAGAUCGAUUUCAAUUUCUCGAUCUCAUCGUCGUAGAUCGCGAUCACGAGAUCGAAAACAUGAUGAUGGUCGGGAUAAAAUGACGGAAGAAGAGAGAGAAAAAGAUCGAGAACGUCGAAAACGUGGUCUUCCGCCUUUGAUGAGAGAAAAACUUAGUGUUUGUAGUACAACGUUGUGGGUUGGUCAUUUAUCGAAACUAGUUCAUCAAGAGGAAUUAUCAGAUACUUUUGGUGAAAUAGGUGAUAUUGUUAGUAUAGAUUUGAUAUCUCCGAGAGGCUGCGCAUUUAUAUGCAUGAAUAGAAGACAAGACGCUUAUAAAGCAUUGACCAAAUUGAAAAAUCAUAAAAUGCAAGGAAAAGCUAUAACGUUGGCAUGGGCCCCUGGCAAAGGCGUUAAAGGCAAAGACUGGAAAGAUUAUUGGGAAGUCGAAGCAGGAGUUACUUAUAUACCUUGGAAUAAACUUGCUAAUGUAUCAGAUCAAGAGCUUGAAUUAUUUGAAGAAGGUGGAAUGAUCGACGAAGAUUCGAUGCCUCCAUGGUUAAAGAGCAGAAGAAGGCAUAAUAAGAAUGAUUCGGACUUAACUCAUAUGCAAUCAGUUGGUAUGGUAAAUAUGAAUGAUGUUAUGGGACAACAUAGUGUACCAACAUCUUCUGGUGCGCCGAUGGUUGAUACUAGUCAACCUCCUCCGGUCCGUGCUCCAACAGCACCCGCCAACGCUCCGGCACCACCUAUUAUGCCACCUCCCAAUCAAUUACAAAUGAUGCCACCUGGUUUUACUAUGCCUCCUGGAAUGUUAGGACCAAUGGGUCUUCAAAUGCCUCCUGGUUUGAUGGGUAACGUACCCCUCGGUGUUCCACCACCAAAUAUGCAGAGCCUUAUGCCCGGAAUGAUGCAGCAAAUGAUGCAGUCCGUUAACUCACCCUUCGGUCUACUUACCCAAAUACCAAUGCCCACACCAGCAGCUCCUUCGGACAAACCAAAUGCUACUGGUAUGCCUCAUAAUGUUCCACCACUUGGUGUUGCGCCUCCAACUACAGAGCCAGGAAUGCCUAAUCUUCCUAUGAUGCGCCAACCAUUUGGUGUGCCACCAAUGCCGUUGCAACAAAUGCCACCCAUGUCACAACAGAAUCAAAGACAACAGCAACAACAAAACCCACCUCUACCAAUGUCAGACGAUAUGGACGUUGAUAUGGAAGACGAUAUGGUUCCGCCCAUAAAAGAGCAGCAACACAGUAAACCGCCAAGUUUGCUAAGCGAUCAGCUACUUGCAGCUAUGAAAAACGAUCGAGAUGAGCGUGACAGCUUCCGCGAUCGCGAACGAGAUCGUGAUAGGAGAGACAGAGACAGAGGAGGUCUUGGCGACAGAGACAGAGAUGACAAUCGAAGUAGAGACAGAGGCCGUGGAAGAGAUCGAGGUGGAAGAGACAGAAACAGACGUGAUAGUAGAGACAACGGCAACAGAAACGACAGAGACGAGAGAAGAGAUCGCGAAGCUCGAGAUAAUCGACAUUCGCCAAUGCGUGACAUGAUUAACUGCCCAGGAGGCUUGCAAGGACUAGGUGGUAAUCAUAUUGGUGAAAACGACAAAAAAGAUGGCAUGGGUCCGAAAUUGAGCCUCGCUGAUCGUCUCAGACAAUUAGCGGACGGGACAUUGCCGUUGAUCGACGAUCGCAAUAUUGAUCGAGAUAUGCGCGGUGGCACUGGUGGUCCUACUGGAAGUCGGUCGAACGAUCGCAGUUCCGAAAGAAUGGACCGUAGCUCCAGCGAUAGACUUGGACGAGCUUCCUCGAUGGAGGGUCAACCACCCCCACCGAGUUUGCUUGCUGGCGCUAGGCGGCCAGGUGAAGGCCCGCCGAGUUUGCUCGAUUUACCGGCCAAGUUUCCGGGUGUACCACCAGUCCCUGACUUUCCAGGAAAUCCAAAUUUUGGUGGACCUAGAGUCUCUGAGAGGGAUGUGCGCGAUUUUCCACGUGGUGCUGGUCCUGGCGAUCGUGAUCGGCCGUUUGGUUCCCGCGUUGGACCCAUGGGUGGUCGCAGUGGUUCAAUGGACGACUUCAUGGAAGGACCUCGAAGCCUGUUGGGGCCUAGAUUUGGACCUCCCGAUGACUUUCCAAUUCCUUCGGGGCGACCAGAUGAAUAUGACCUGCGCCGAGAUAAAGACGGGCGGCCACAGCCACCUGGUCGUUUGGAUGAAUUCGAACGUGGUCGAGGUCCUCCAUUUGAUUUCGACAUGCGUGGAGGCAGAAAUGCUCCUGGUGACAUACCACCGCCGUUUGACAUGCCAAGAAUGCCUUUAGACGAGUUCGAGUUGAGAGAGAUGGCAGAUUUCGACCGAAGACGAGAAUUUUAUAUGUUAGAUAAGUUCGGACCUUUAGGUAUGUCACCAAGAUUCUCACCUCGUGGUAUCAUGGGCAACCCUGAUGCAUUCGGUCCUAGAGGGGGUCGAGGUGGACUCGGUCCGAUGUUCCAUCCAAGGAGUUUAGGACCACGCGGCAUGCGUCCUGCAAUGAGACCACCAUAUGGCCCUCGAGGCGGUCCAAUGCCAUUUGAUGGUCCAGAUGGGCCAUUCUUCAGAGGAGCAGGAGGUGCAUACGACGAUGGACGUGGUCCCCUUCCGCCUUUAGGCAGAGGACCCUUCAGUAUUGAUGGUCCCCCUAGCAGAGGCAUGCCUCCACCUUUGAUGGGUGGACCACUGAUGAAUGAAGGCCCCUGGAGAGAUGGACUGCUGGGACCCGGAGGACCGAGAUUAGACGACGGUAUGGAGCUUAUGGAAGGAAGUAGCGAAAAAUCUGAAGAACGAAGAAAAAAUGACAAAGAAGAAAGAGAAAACAGACGACGAGAAACUAGGAAAUCUAGGUGGGGCAAUGCAAGCCCAUCUGCCAGAAACAACGAAGGAGACAACGCUGAUCAUCAAGAUCAAUCACAGCAAGACAAAAGUGAGUCUGCAAGUGGCAACGACAAAAAUGAGCAUGAAGAUACCUGGAACUCGUCACAAAAUAACGAAGCAGAAAACGAUGCAUCAAAAGUGCCUGCUGCUCAAAAUGCAGAACAGUGGAAUGAAUCAACUUCUGCCUCGGCGCACGAGCAAACUCUGGAGCAAGGUCCAUCGUCUUGGAAUAAUGAAAAUACAGAUAAAACGAAUUUUGUACCUGAUUCAAUGUCGCAGACAGAACAAAAUACUGAUUCACAGUCGCAUGGAGGUUUCGAUCAACCACAAGAAUACCAAGAGAACUAUGCAACAUCACAAAACUGUGAAAGAAAUCAAGAAAUGAAUGAGCCACAACAAAAUGAAUUUGAACAAAAAAGUGAGGAGAGGUUCGAUUCUGCACCACAAGAAAGAUUCGAAAGAGCUCAAGAAUCUUUUGAACCUCCUCCAUUCGCAGAAAAAUUUGAAUCGGCUGCAGAACAGAGGACUGAAAGUUUCGAUUCAUGCCCCAUGACUCAGGAACAUUUUGAAGAAACGUCUUCCUCGCACAACGAGCACGACAAGUUUGAUCAACCACAAGAGAGGUUUGAAUCAGUGCAAGAACAUUUUGAAACUUCAUCACAGCAAGAAAAAUGUGAGCUUGCCCACAUAGAAAGUGAAAAUAACCCAACAUCAACAGAUCGACCCAAUCAGCCAGAAGAGCAGACAACAGAGGCGUAAUGAUAAUAAUCUCUAUUAUUAAACAAUUUUUAUUAUUAAUACAAUUUAUUUGCGCGUGUGUCUAAGAAUGAAUGCUAAAUCUUUUGAUAUGAAGCGAGAAAGCGAGAAAGAAAGAAUCAAGUAUGAUAAGUCGAUUAUCAGUAAAAUUUACCUAUCUUGAAUGUACAUGAACUUCUUUUUUUUUUUAUAAAUAGUAAACAAACGCGCGUGCUCGUGUAUGUUGUACAUAUGAUGAAUUCGAGAGCGGUUUACAACCGCGACGUGUAAUUAUGAGUUUAAAAAUAUUACAUUAUAAAUAGCUAUAAUGGUUAUUACGUAAAGUCGUUUAUUAUAAUAAAACAAAUUAUUAUUAAUAUGAAUACUUAAUAUCAAAGUCAAUGCGUCCAAAGUGAAACAUUUAUAGAGUGGUGAGAGCAGCCGAGCUCUCUUUCGAUUUUGAUAUAUUUUUUAUAAUACGUCAUUAAAGUUAACUUAAAAAAUUAGAGUAUUUCGAAUCGGACAAUCUCAAUUAUCUUUAAUUUAUGACGUAUUGGUAAGAAUAUUUUUUUUAAGGAAAAGCUAUAAAAAAUGCGAGAUUUCUGAAUAAAUCAUCGUGAUUAAGCGAUAAAGUGCUUGUGUGAAUGAUGGAAACAUUAAAUGAAAGAACAGAAAGUGCAAAUCGAGAGUUCCUUCAAGCACUGCUAACUCUGAAAAUAAUAUUAAAUAAAAACUGCUGUGAUAGUGAACACAGGACCAAAAGUCCAAGAAAAAUACUGAAAUAUGAUUUAUAGAUUGAGUCAUGUUUUUGUAUGUAAAUAUUAUGUUAGCAUGCGAUGCAAAUGAAAUACAUAAAUAUAGAGUAUAUUUAUAUUUUAAGAAAGAUUGAAAAAUAUAAGCUUCAUUGAUAUAUAGACGCUAGUCCGACAUUCGUACGAUAAAUUCGGAUUUUUCUAUGUUUAUCACGGUAUAAUCGUUUACUAUACAAUCAAUAAGGAUCAGUCUUUAUUUACUUGAAUCAAACUUAUUAAGUCAUCAAUAUACCAUUUAAUUCUAUUUAUCGAUCAUGUAAAUAGAUUUUUAUACAAAUUUAACCGGUUGAAAAAACAAUCAAAACGAAAUGAAUAAAUAUUUUGUAAAUAUUGCUUUGAAUAGUAAAAUUAAAAUUCUGCGUUCUCAUUUUUUAAGAAAUUGUUGAACCCAAUGUUGAUAGGUAUCUACAUCUAGUUAGAUAUAUUGUUUUUGGUUUUUUAAAAAAUAUUUCUAGACGAAAUUCUACAUAAGUUAACUUACACACAAGAAACUGCUGAUUUAUUUAUUUUAAAAAUUUAAUUUUACUUGGUUCAAGUAUUUAUAUAGUAGUCGAAAUUCAACUUCGAUUAAAUUUAAGAAAAGAUGACAUCGUCUUUUGCUAUCAAAAGAUGCAUCUAUCACCAUAAUAAUUGAUAAAAGACAAAUGCAUCCUGUGUUCACGUAACGCAACGUUUUAUGCUCGACGCAGCGUUGGAGAGGACUCGCGCUUGCACUCAAACUGAGUGACAAGUGCAAGGUACUGUUUUUUAUAAAAUUCAUUCACAUCUAAAUAAGACAAAGAUCACGAUUAUUUUUUAGUAAUUAAUUAUUUAUUUAUUUCAUGAUUGUAAUUAAUAAGCAAUAGUAUCCCAAAUCGUAAAAAAAAGCUUAUCGCUCGCACCACUCUGAUAAUAUUUAGCGGACUGCUCUUGAAAAUCCGAAUGAGCGUGACUUGUUAUGUUGAAAAAUUGAAGAAAAUGAAUGUUUUAAAAAUUUAAAAUGAUUUCUCAUUAUAUUUCGAUCGACUUGUUAUUAUUAUAUAUGCAUGGCCUAAAAUUGUAAAGAACAGAAUGCAUGAGCCAUGUGAAUUAUUUUUUUGCAUAUUCGAUAAAAUGAUUGUUUUAUAGUAUGUUUGACUAGAUUUUCUUGAGAAUAGUUGAAUUCUUGUGUCAAACAAAUAGUAGUAUUGAGUUCUUAAAUUUAUUUCAAUUCUUUGUUAGUAAAAUUAUGAUCUAUUGUAAUUUAUAAGAAAUUAUUGAUAUUGGUAAAAUGAUAUUGAGCAAGAUAAUAUUCUUCAUAUCUCAAUAAAGUAACAAGUUUUAAAGAAAAAAAAGCGCGAAAACGUACGAAUGUAAUACAACUUUUUAUUGGAGAAACUUUCUAAAAAAGUGAAUUAGUUCUAAUAAAAAAAGUGUAAUUUAGUUUGCCUUGUAAAAAUUGCAAUGUUUUGCUGUGAACUACAAUCAGGAUAAAUAAUAUUCACGCGCAUUGUCUUAUUUACAUGGGAAAUAUUUCACGAAUAGUAUAAUUUUUAAAUGUAAGAUAGUCAAACUUGAAUCUUUUUAAUUAAUUCGUGUAUUCAUUUCAAGCAUGAAUUUUACGCUUCUAUAUACGUUUGUAAUAUUCAAAAUUAUAAUCUCAGUUUGACCAAUAAAACGUCGCUCAAAUUA